UUUGACUAUCAUUCGUUCCGUGUAGACAGGACAAUGAACAACAUGCUCGGCUGCCUUAUUCUGGGCCUUGGAUUUCUUGUAGUCAUCGUAACUGGAACAGAAGAGUGUUACAGUGACCCUGGAAGAAAUGAAAGCAAAAACUGUAAUUCUACUGCUAUUCAUGAUUCCGUAUCCAACUGUGAGUGUCAAGGAGACGUUGGCGUGGUGCAUUCAUAUGAUCUCCGUUGUGAGAGACUGAAUGUAAGCAAAAGUUUUUACCAUAGUGACUGUGCUGAAAACUGUAGUCCCAAUGCUGAUUGUCAACAUGUAAAAACCUGUACAUGUAAGAUAGGAUACACAGUGAUGUCGCGAUCUUGUGGACUCUAUUGUGGCAGUCUGAGCAAUGAAGGUUCUGGUGGCAGCGGCAUAAAUAAACCACAUAAAGCAUGUACUCAAGUUUAUUAUGGAACAUACCUCUGUACCUGCCACGAAGGGUACAGGGUGACAAUCCAGCCUGAUGGGCAUCAUUGCGAGAAAAUCCCUCAACGCUGUCAAGAAACUGAGUGCCUCAAUGCAACAAAAUCAGGUGGCUACUGCUCCAUUCUGGCGCCCCUUUCCCACAAAUUACAAUCUGUCUGUGAAAAUGUCAGAUUGCACAAUGUUUCUUUAAAGCUGCAGACCGUAACAGUCUCCUUUGAGAACCAUUUGGUCAACAAUUCCCUCCAGAACAUCACAGUAAAUGUGAAUCGUGUAUCAAGUGUGAACGUGAUUCUACAAAAACUAGGCUCAACUGCAGUAAACUUAGCUCUUGAAUCUCCAGAGAGACAACCAGAAACUGUGGUUAAUAACCUUUUAGCAAUCCAAACAAAUAUCAUCAAUGAAACAUUUAUUUCAAAAAAUGAAACAUUCAGACUAGAAGUCCAAGAAGACCAAAUGGCCAUUGAUACCAGAGCCAUCUUUGAUGGGACCAGCAAAGGCCCUCUUGCUGUGGCUUUUAUAUCAUACAAUGGGCUGGAAUCACUCCUGAGUUUCCAGAAGAAUGCUACUCUGCUUGGCAAUGAAACACUGAAAGGUGGUCGUGUAAACUCCAGGGUGGUAAGCACUGCCACCAGCAGCUCCAGGAAGAAUAUUUCCAGCCCAGUCAACCUCACUCUCCGUCACACUGAGAAUCACAUUGCCCAGGAAAAGAUGAUUUGUGUCCACUGGAACUCUGCAGGCGGGGGUGGUGCCUGGUCCCAGGAAGGCUGCCAGUGUCUCCAUUCUAAUGGUACUCAUUCAACAUGUAGCUGUCAGUUCCUGCCCAGCUUUGCUAUGCUGAUGGCCGUCACACCUGUAAAGGGAGAUCUGAUCCUCAUCAUCCUUGGCUACAUUGGAUUGAGCAUCUCACUCUUCUGCCUCUUCCUGACUAUUGUCACAUUUCUCCUCUGCCCCUCCAGCCAGAACAAAAGCACAUUCAUCCACCUACAGCUCAGCUUGUGCCUCUUCUUUGCUGACCUCUUCUUCAUAGUUGGAUCAGACAAAACACACAACAAGGUCCUUUGCUCGGUGAUAGCCGGAGCACUGCACUACCUCUUUCUGGCCUGUUUUGUGUGGAUGUUCUUGGAGGGUGUGAAUCUCUACCUCAUUAUCAGGAAUCUGAAAGUUGCAAAUUACAGCGGUACCAGCAAGAGUAUCAAGAUAUCCAUGUAUGUUUUUGGCUAUGGGAUUCCUGCCAUGAUAGUGGCCAUUUCUGCAGCAAUUAAUCCUAGUGCUUAUGGGACUUCUUUUCAUUGCUGGCUUAGUCCAGAAAAGGGUUUUAACUGGAGCUUUCUAGGACCUGUCUGUGCCAUAAUUGUGAUCAACUUAGUGCUUUACACCCUUAUUCUGAAGAAUCUGCAUAAGAAAAUUGCAUCUCUCAAUUCAGAUGUUACUGCUAUCAAGAAUACCAGGUUGCUGACAUUUAAGGCCAUCGCCCAUGUCUUCAUCCUGGGCAUGACCUGGUUCCUGGGCCUCUUUCAGUUUGGCACAGCGGCUGUUGUCAUGGCAUACCUGUUCACCAUCUUCAACAGCGUGCAAGGAUUCUUCAUCUUCCUGGUGCACUGCUUGCUCAACAAAAAGGUGAGAGAGACAUACUGGCACUGGAUUUCUUGUAGCAAAGAUAAAGAGACUCCUGUUUCUGAGGUUACUAUGACUACCACCUCCAUCAGCAACCCCGUGAAAAAUGAGCAAGCUCCUGGUUUAAUGACACAGGGGACAGUGACAUGGAGGGAAGAAUCAACAUCUGGCUUGCCUCCUGAUUAGCGUCCACCAUUCAUCUCUUUCGCCUUUAUCCAGACUUAACAGAAUUAUACUUUGGACAUCUUCAACUUUCCUAUUCUGGCCAUCCUCUCCACCGCCGGCUGGUUACUUUCCUACUCUUUUGGAUGUGGAGCUUUUAUCAGUUCUGGGACAUCACAUUAUGGUACUCUGUACUUCAAAGUACCAUAACUUAAAAAACAGACAUGCUUUUCAAGUGCCUUCUGUUCAAUAGCAUCUCUUGAUUUUGGUGCCUUCUCUCUGGAAUCGAAAACCAACACAGAAUAGCUCUUCAAUGCCCCUGCACAUUCAUUUUAACAGCACAGACAAUGUGCUGUGAAGAACACAGUGGACACGGGCUUAACAGAUCCAGAGGAGUUGACACAUGGCUUUGUUCUCGCUUCCUUUUGCCUUUAGGGCAGCCUUUAGUCCUGUCUGUACAACAGCGUUUUGGCAAGCAGUAUCUAGCUUUAGCUAGCAUUGACCCAUUGUCCACCUGUAGAUGCACAUCUCAGCUGAGUCUUCUGAGGCCAGCAAAUUCCUACUCUCUUUCUGUACCCAUCUGUGCUGGCACAGAAGACAGGAUUUUGCCUAUCAAGCGGCAGCAGCUGCAAUUACUCACCAAAUUUAACCAGCAAGUUGACUGGCUGCCUGUUGACAUGGAAUGGACAAGGCACGAGACUGUGAUGAACCUCGAGACUGCUGAGUUAUCAAUAAAACAGCAGCUUAGGAUGCUUCCAGGCUGGGUACGAAGGAAAAGGCAUUGCGUGGCAAUUCCAGCCUUUCAUCCUUAAUUUGUACAAAUGGAUCACCAUGAGUACCAGCUGACUACAGACUUUUCAAAUCACACUGCCUGACCUUACAGGGUUGUUUUAAGGCUAGCCAAGCCAAUGGAUAGGAAUCAGUUGAAAUGUACAAAAUAAUCAUAAUACUUAGCUGCUACCACCAGCAACACCAUCACCACUGUAUUUCUGUGAUAUAUAAAUUUGGGGCUCACGUGUUAAGGGGCAGAAAGAUGAGGGGUCCAAUGACAAGCACACCAUUUGUGCAAGCAUAUGCCAAAGCAAUUGCAAAGUUUUUUCAGCACAAGCCACAGGCAGCAAGGGUGGAGGCCCAACUCACAUCCUAGCCUACUACAAAGGUGUGCAAACUGGCCCUUGAAUAAUGAAAAUGUUCAGUUUCGCAGAAUGGGGACAUGGGGAGAAAAUACCUUUCACUACAGGGAAACAGAAUGAGUCUUAGGAACACAGUCCUAUUCCCUUCCACUUCCUAGUCAAGGCAGAAUAUCAUGGUACAGUAAAAGCAUCUUGGCCUUCUAUCAGCCUUUCACAACCACAGCUCCCACUGCCUCCAGUGCCGCAAUGGUGGGGAUAAUGGAGGAUUUAGUCCAACACAUCUGGAGGCACCAGAUUGCCUAAGGUACAGUCUAACUCUCUUUUGUUGCCUGUUGAGUAGCUGCUGUGGACUUUUAAAAGGAGGAAAUCAAAGCAAAUCUCACUUUUUCAUACCUUAAAACUGCAAUAUAUCUGAGAGUGAGCUUUUGGACUUUGCUGGAUCUUAUUUUCCCUUCCUGCCUCUACACUGCACUAGGAAUUGGCACCCCAGUAACACCCGCAUGGACUAUAGGCUUUCACACAUGAAUAAAGACAAACAACGUAGCUUGGGGACCUAUUAUUUAGUUGCUUUAGUUGUUUAGUUGCACAAAUGUGAAAUCAAUCAUGUUCAGAUCAGAUACAUUACAAUAAUGCUACCAAGUGCAGAUUGUCCUCAAAGACAUCAGACCAAGAGUCAACAUGGUAUACUUUGCUCAUAUACAUUGCUAUGAGGUUAACAUGCAAUUUAAGUACAUUGAUUAGAUGAGCAAUUGCUGUAUUUGCUGCUACUUAAAGGCACGGUUAUUCUAGAUUGCCUUUGCCAGUCCAACUCGGUUGUUUGCCCUGUCAAAAAUGCUGUAGUAUUCUCUUAUGAACACAUCUCCCAGGAUCCAGAGGCUCCCACCAGUGACUUGGAAGCCACUACUACAAUGUCCUGAGCCCAGCUAGAGGGAAAGAAAAAGACAGCCAUCAUCAGAUGUGGGUGAUUCUACAUAUGCAUCACCCAAGAAAUCCAUUCUGCUAAAAAUGCAUAGGGUACCAUAACAUUCAAACACCAAAGAGGGGAAAGGUAGUCCUUGAAGAAGGGGAGGGCACAAAAGUUAAGAAAGAGGUAAAAUGCUUAGACUCAAUUAUUUUAAAAAUGCUCCUGUUUUCCAUUGCAUUGCUUCUCCCCACUGAAUUAUCUCCUGGUAUUCCCUCCUUGCCAUACUUUUUGAAACAUACGUUUUUCCUUGUCGAUGUGCUCUUCUCCAGUUGCUUGCAAAUACUUGCUUUCUUUAAAGUAGGGGUGGGGAAGCUGGGGUCCUCCAGGUGUUGUUGUGUGCAAACUCCCAUCAUUUUCAGACCAGUGAUCAGGGAUUAUGGGAGUUGUAGUCCAGUAACCCCUGGAGAGCCAAAGAUCCACUAUCCCUGCCUUAAAGAAGCAUCAAUACGAAUGGGAUGUGACAGUCUGUGGUCUGCUUGGUAUUAUGAGAGGCCUGGUAAGGUCAGACAGGUUCUGACAUGGCAUGUUUUUAGGCAUAGGGUGAAAAUGGGGCCGAUAAGAAGCCUGAGACUGUUGGUUUUCUCUAAUGCUGCUCCCUUUCUGAGCUGUUCACUCUGUACAGUUCUUGCGAUUCAGUGGAAUGUUGGGCUUGUUAUCUCAGUGCUGUUAUCAUAUGUGUAUGUUCUUUGAUGUUUAACAAUUAUAAACUGCUUUAAGUUAUUUUUGGGGGAAAGUGGGACAUAUAGAACCUAUGAGAAGACUUGAGUCUGUCACUGGAAGGUGGGUUUUACGCACCCACUCAACCAAGAGAAGCCCUAACAGAGGAGAAGCUAUCUCAUGGCUCGAUCAAGUAUCAAUGCCUAAUAUUUUUAACAGGACUAUUCUAUAGUAAAUCUGAUUCACUAACACUGUUUUACAAUUUUGAACUGUUUUUUGAAAUUUGUAUUAUGAAAAAUGUUAUGGCGGUUAUACUGCAUUAUGGCCCAGUUUCUGAACUGAUGUCAACUGCCCACAGAAACUUGCCUGUUGGGCAGGAUAAAAGAUAAAUGAAUGCAUAGAAGUGUCCUGGCCAGCAUGGCCAGGAAGCAGGGCUGAUGGGGGCAGAAUAGUCCAAAGCAACCAGGCUUCCUACUUCAUUUUAACCCAUUGAAUACACACAAAAACGGUUAUUGUGUUGUAAGC